GCAAACACAAACAAUUUUUUUACCACUAAAACCAAAGACCUAUGUCUAAUUCAAACCAACCACUUCUUUCCAAACCAAAGUCUUUUAAGCACAAGAAUCUAUGCCUUGUCCUCUCCUUUGUAGCCAUUCUUGGCUCUGCAGCUUUCUUCGCAGCCCAACUAAUCUCCAUUAACACCACUAAUAAUGAUUCCUCAUUAACCCCAAGCCAGAUUUGUCAUGGAGCUCACGACCAGGACUCGUGCCAAGCUCUCUUGUCCGAAUUCACGACGUUAUCGCUUUCAAAGGUCAACCGCCUCGACCUAUUGCACGUGUUCUUGAAGAACUCGGUGUGGCGGCUUGAGAGCACGAUGACCAUGGUGAGCGAGGCUAGGAUCCGCUCGAACGGUGUGAGAGACAAGGCAGGUCUUGCUGACUGCGAGGAGAUGAUGGACGUAUCAAAGGAUCGGAUGGUGAGUUCGAUGGAGGAACUCCGGGGAGGAAACUACAAUCUUGAGUCAUACUCAAACGUUCACACUUGGCUGAGCAGUGUGCUUACAAACUACAUGACAUGUUUAGAAAGUAUUAGCGAUGUCUCCGUUAACUCUAAGCAAAGAGUCAAGCCACAAAUCGAGGCCUUAGUUUCUAGGGCUAGAGUGGCUCUAGCCAUCUUUGUCUCCGUCUUGCCUGCCAGAGACGAUCUCAAGAUGAUCAUUUCCAAUCGCUUUCCGUCGUGGCUAACUGCUUUUGACAGAAAGCUUUUAGAAUCUGCUCCUAAGACACUUAAGGUGACCGCGAACGUUGUGGUGGCAAAAGAUGGCAGCGGAAAAUUCAAAACAGUAAAUGAGGCAGUGGCGGCAGCACCGGAGAACAGCAACACCAGAUACGUUAUAUACGUAAAGAAAGGGGUUUACAAGGAAACUAUUGACAUAGGAAAGAAAAAGAAGAACUUAAUGCUUGUUGGUGAUGGCAAAGACGCAACGAUCAUAACCGGUAGUUUGAAUGUCAUUGACGGAUCCACCACCUUCAGAUCAGCCACUGUUGCUGCCAAUGGAGACGGGUUUAUGGCACAAGACAUAUGGUUCCAAAACACUGCAGGGCCAGCAAAGCACCAGGCUGUGGCUCUCCGCGUGAGCGCUGAUCAAACUGUUAUAAAUCGUUGCCGCAUAGAUGCGUACCAAGACACGCUCUACACGCACACCCUGCGACAAUUCUACCGCGAUAGCUACAUAACUGGUACGGUAGAUUUUAUCUUCGGAAACUCUGCGGUGGUAUUCCAGAACUGCGAUAUCGUGGCCCGAAAUCCUGGAGCUGGGCAAAAGAACAUGUUGACAGCUCAAGGACGGGAGGAUCAGAACCAGAACACAGCAUAUUCGAUCCAAAAAUGUAAAAUAACGGCUAGCUCAGAUCUUGCUCCUGUAAAAGGAUCUGUGAAAACGUUCCUUGGACGGCCGUGGAAGUUGUACUCAAGAACAGUGAUCAUGCAGUCUUUCAUUGACAACCACAUUGACCCGGCGGGUUGGUUUCCAUGGGAUGGUGAGUUUGCGCUCUCGACAUUGUACUAUGGAGAGUAUGCGAAUACCGGUCCUGGAGCGGAUACGAGUAAGAGAGUGAAGUGGAAGGGAUUUAAAGUUAUUAAAGACUCAAAGGAGGCCGAACAAUUUACUGUGGCGAAGCUUAUUCAAGGAGGAUUAUGGUUGAAGCCCACUGGAGUUACUUUCCAAGAGUGGCUUUGAUUUAAUGUCUUAUUCUUGUAUCUUGUGUUGUGUUCUGUUACCUCUGUUUUAGUUUGAUGUCUUUCUCUGUUUUGUAUGGACUUAACCAAUGACAUGCUCUGUUUCGUGAAGUUAUUAGGUUAAUGUUUGAUAAUAAAUUUCGAGAUGUGCA